AUGAUGUUGACCUUAUUGAUUUCCGGUCCGAAACAACCCAGAAAUGAUAUAGACGUCUACUUAGAGCCUUUGAUUGCUAAUUUAAAAUCUUUGUGGGAUGGGAUUAAAGUAGUGUAUGAUGCUCAUAUAGGAGAAUACUUUACACUAAGAGCUGCAUUACUGUGGACAAUUAAUGAUUUUCCAAAUUAUGGAAACUUAUUUGGUUGUAUCGUAAAAGGAUAUAAAGCUUGUCCAAUAUGCGGUGAUGAGACACCUAGUCACAGGUUGAAAAAUGGCCACAAAAUAUGUUACAUCGGGCAUAGAAAAUGGUUACCAAUAUAUCAUCCAUAUCGGAGGCAACGUGCAGUUUUUAAUGGGAAACCUGAAUAUGACACGCCUCUAAAGCCAUUAACCGGAGAAGAAGUGUUACAAAUGGUUGAAGGUAUUAAUUAUAAAUGGGGCUUAAAAAAAGGUGGAGGUGGAAGUGAAAAUGAUGGUGACAGAGUUUGUUGGAAGAAGAAAUCAAAAUUCUUUUAUCUCGAGUACUGGAAAUACAUUUUUGUGAGGCAUGCCCUUGAUGUUAUGCACAUCGAGAAAAAUGUUUGCGAUAGUAUCAUUGGUACGUUGUUGGAGAUCCCUGGAAAAAAUAAAGAUGAGAUUGCUGCUCGUUUGGAUUUAUUGAACACGGAGGUCAAGACUGAUUUGCAACCCGAGUAUGGAGAAAGACGUACUCGCUUACCUCUAGGGCCUUGA